UCAAAAUCAACUGGUGGCCUUGGGUACCAGCUUUUUUGUUGAUAUAUAAACAGAUUUUUGGCAAAUCGUUUCAAUCAUCGGGAUUCUCUGACAGUGUCCAAAAUGAAAACUAUCGUGGUUGCUGUGCUUGUGAUCGCUUUGGUUGGAGUUUCUCACCAGCAAGAGGACCCCGCCGCCAUCCAGAAGAAGCUCUUGGAAUACCGUGACCAAUGUCUGACCGAAACCGGCGCCAACAAAGAUGUGGUCACCAAGGCCGACGCUGGCCUCUUCGAUGACAAUGACAAGAAACUGCAGUGCUUCGCCCAGUGCUUCUACAAGAAGCAAGGCUACAUCGGCGACGACGGUGCCUUCAAGAGCGACGUUGUUGAGGCCCGCCUUCCAUCCGGUGCCAACAAAGAGGAAUCCUUGGCUAUCAUCCGCAAGUGCCAAGCUUUGAAGGGAGCCGACGGAUGCGAAACCGCCUACGUGAUCCAUAAGUGCUUCUUCGAAUACAUCAGACAACAAGCUAUCGCCGCCGCUCAGGCCGCCCAAGCCGCCCAAGCCGCCGCCGCCGAAGCAGCUAAGAAGGACGCUCCACCAGCCGCCGCCGCCUCCGCUUAAAUUUAAUUUUUUCCUAACGAUUUUGGUCAUAAUUUUGUUUUAUUUAUUUUAUUGUAAUUAUGUAAAUAAAUUAGUGUAGACGAUAA